CUCUUCCAAAAUCACUCAAACCCUCAUCUCAUCUUAACCACCUUAUAAUCCUUUUAGUCUCAAAAAUUUCAAAAGCUUAAAGCUUAAACACACACGAUGACGACGGUUCAUACAUUCUCUUUAUUCUUGUUCUUUUGUUCCCUUCUCUUGGCUCCAUCGAUCAUCGCUAAAGUUCAACACCAUAAUUUCGUCUUCACCAAGUUUAUAGUGACUUUGUUUUUGUAUAUGAUGAAAAUGAAAAACAGGCAUGGAGUAAGGCAGAUAAGGACUGGAUGGGCUGAUGGGCCUGAAUUCGUGACCCAAUGUCCGAUCCGACCCGGAAAGAGUUACACGUACCGUUUUACUAUCCAAGGCCAAGAAGGGACACUGUGGUGGCACGCUCACAGCUCCUGGCUCCGAGCCACCGUCUACGGUGCACUCAUCAUCCACCCAACCCCUGGUUCCACUUUUCCUUUCCCUAAACCGGAUCACCAAACCGCCCUCACGCUUGGGGAAUGGUGGAAUGCAAAUCCGGUUGAUGUGAUUAACCAAGCGACUCGAACCGGAGCUGCUCCGAAUAUAUCCGAUGCUUAUACAAUCAAUGGCCAACCCGGUGAUCUCUACAAUUGCUCAACCAAAGAGACUGUGGUAGUACCGAUAAAUUCAGGAGAAACAAGCCUCCUACGAGUGAUCAACGCAGCUUUAAACCAACCGCUAUUUUUCACGGUGGCUAACCACAAGCUCACCGUGGUUGGAGCCGACGCGUCCUAUGUCAAACCAUUCACCACGAAGGUCCUUAUGUUAGGUCCCGGCCAAACCACCGACGUACUUUUAACCGCCGACCAAUCGCCAAAACGCUAUUACAUAGCAGCGAGAGCUUACCAAAGUGCUCAAAACGCACCGUUUGAUAACACCACGACUACAGCUAUUCUCCAAUACAAGAAAACGACAACAACUUCUCCACCAAUCGUGCCGUUUCUGCCUGCCUUCAACGACACGAACACCGUGACGUCAUUCUCCAGAAAAUUUAAAUCUCUUCGUAACGUCGUCGUACCGAAAACAAUCGACGAUAAUUUGUUCUUCACCAUCGGUUUAGGUCUAGAUAACUGUCCCAAGAAUUUCCCCAAAAACCGGUGCCAAGGCUUAAACGGAACCCGAUUUACCGCCUCUAUGAACAAUGUUUCGUUUGUUCUACCGUCGAAUUUCUCGCUCUUGCAAGCACACUCCAACGGAAUUCCCGGGGUUUUCACGACGGAUUUUCCGGCUAAACCGCCGGUUAAAUUUGAUUAUACUGGAAAUAACAUUAGCCGGGCUCUGUUUCAACCGGUUAAGGGUACUAAACUGUAUAAACUCAAGUAUGGAUCGAGGGUUCAGGUUGUUUUACAGGACACGAACAUUGUUACGUCGGAGAAUCAUCCGAUUCAUCUCCACGGUUACGAUUUCUAUAUUGUCGCUGAAGGGUUUGGUAACUUUAAUCCCAAGAAAGAUACAUCUAAGUUUAACCUCGUUGAUCCUCCACUAAGAAACACCGUGGCUGUUCCUGUUAAUGGAUGGGCUGUUAUCAGAUUCGUGGCGGAUAAUCCAGGGGUUUGGUUGAUGCAUUGUCACUUGGAUGUGCAUAUCAAGUGGGGUCUGGCUAUGGCGUUUUUGGUCGAUAAUGGUGUCGGAAAACUGGAGACUCUUGAAGCUCCUCCUCAUGAUCUACCUGUCUGCUAGUUCCCGCGUCAUGAUGAAUCAUGAUGAUCGUUAUCAAGUCAACUUACCAAUUACCAUUUAUUGAAAAAUAUAUAGAUUUUAAAAAGAGGGAUUUUUAGAAGAAUAUUCAGAUUUUGGUAUUUGUAUUGGAUUUAAAUGUAUUUCAUGGAACAUAAAUCUUGUUUCCGUUAGCAUAUAUUAUGUGUGCAGCAAUGUCGACCAUAGUCCAUAUUGUUUCUUCUGUCUUCACCAAAUUGAGUUUGAGCA